UCUUCUCUGCCCGCGAUCUUUUUUUUUUUUUUGGGGUUUUACGAGGGUUUAGAGUUUCCUCGUUAAUUCAUCAUCUUUGGUCCUUUCAACGGGAAAAGUUCACCGGAUUUCUGUUAUUAGGGUUUAUACGUGCGAGGAUGAUUCUGCUAUUUGUCGCCGUCUACUCGCCUGAGAUCCUGCUCUGGUCGCUUCUUGGCGGAGUGGACGGAUAGGCCCUAUAAAUCACUGGUAAGUGCUCAAGAAAUCCAAGCCUUUCGCCACUUUGUAUUUCAAAUUUUUUCUUCGGUGUUGCAAUUGAAAUGCAAUACCGGUCUGGGUUUCCCUGGAACUCGAAUAUCCUCCUGUCAAGAUGUCUAAUCUUUGAUGAGCGAAUUGUUGCUGUCGCAAAGCCUAGUUGGAACCCAAAAUUCGUGGGUUGAAUAAUGCGAUUCUGGGUGAUUAAUCACCUGAGAAAAAGAAAUGGUGUUUCUUGGAACCAUGCUUCGGGUGAAAUGAUAUGAAGUUUUGAAUAUGAGCGAUGGACGUGGGGAGAGUGGAAAAGAGAAAAAAGACGUCCCCAAGAGGAAAUCAAGGGGAGGCGACGAUUUUGGCCGGGCUAUUGCCAAGAUUUCUGUCGCGCAGAUAUGUAAGAGCGCGGGCUUUCAGGGUUUCCAACAGUCUGCUCUUGAAGCCCUCUCCGACAUCGUCAUUCGUUACCUUCGUGACUUAGGCAAGACUGCUCAGUUUUACGCUAAUUUAGCAGGUAGAAUGCAGUGCAACGUCUUCGAUAUCGUUCAGGGGCUUGAAGAUUUAGGAGCUUCACAGGGUUUUUCCGGUGCAUCAAAUGUCCACCGUUGCCCUGCAGGCUCAGGUGUAGUUCAAGAUAUUACGCAGUAUCUGAACUUGGAAGAAGAGAUUCCGUUUUCCCGCCCUGUUCCACAUUUCCCGGUCAUGAGAAACAGGAGGCCCACUCCAAGUUUUCUGCAAAUCGGGGAGAGCUCCCCUAACGAAAACAUUCCCCCUUGGUUGCCUGCAUUUCCCUAUCCUCACACGUAUAGUCAUACUCCUGUAUGGAAUGAGAGGGAAACAGAUCCACGCACAGAUAAAAUUGAACAGGCAAGGCAGCAAAGGAAGGCUGAACGAUCUUUGCUGAGUUUGCAGCAGCGUUUGGCGUGCAAUGGCUCGGCAGCACCUGCCGCAGUGGACCCAGCAGAUGCCGGGAAGCUGAAAAGAGCAGCAGAAAGUAACCCAUUUCUUGCUCCACCUCUGCAGCUUGGUGAGAAAGACGUGUCUCCCGUUGUUCUUCACCCCCAUCUGUCUAACGAAGUGGUUCCGGAAAAAAGAGUUUCGGUGUUGAAUACGUUUACUCCUGCUAUUGAAGCAGCAAAGAAUGGAUUUUAUGAUUUUGGAGAUGGUGAGAGAAAUGACCUCCCUAACAAGAGACCCACUGUGCAUUUCAAGGUUGGGAUUGGGAAAUCUUUAGGUGCACCUUGUGAUUUGAUCCUUCACAGCCAGAGUGUGGGGAAAACAGAUCCAUGGUUUGGGGGGGAUGAUGAGAAGGAUGACAAGAAGAGGAGAGCAGAGCAAAUUCUGAAGGAAUCCAUGGAAAACCCUCGAGAACUUGCUCAGUUGUAAAUUAGUUCAUUGACUGGCUGCUUGAUCAGGAUUUGUAUACUUGUUCAAGAGUUCCACACAACAGCGGGGGUGGGAUGUGGGGUAGUCAAAGGCAAAAGGGCAUCUUGUUGUUGUGCUCUGGAUAUUAGUGGUAUGGAAAGUUGGGAGUCCCCUUGGUUCUACCUUAACAAAUUUUUGAGGAUGUCAAAGGUACUGGGACCUAAAAGCAUUGGGCAGAUAAAACCAUCAAGUCAAACAACAGAUAAACUUAGCAACCUCUGUCAUUACAAUCCCUUAUGGCUUCACUUGAAAAUUAAGCUUCAACAAUAUCAUUUUCGUAACAGAUCAACGGUUUAUCAUUCCAGUCCCUAGUGGCUUCACUUGAAAAUUUCAUACACCGAAGGAGAGUGAAGAGGAAAACAAUGCUUAGUACUUCUGGUAUGGGGAUCUGAUGUUGGUUUUUUUUCCACGGUUCUGAAAUUUUGUUUUGGUUAUCUGAUUUUAAAUUAUCUGGGAUGUUGUUGUUAAAUGUCAAUUAUGAAUUUGUUUCUGUAGUAGUUUUUACUUUAAGACCAUGUUGAAUUUGACCAUCACUUUCAGUAUUACAUACCUGUAGCCUUCCUGUUUGAUGUUA